AGCUGCUUCGAACUUCGAAGCACUGCCACCGGGUUUGCCUGUCGGUGGCACCAGCCGCAAUGCAGCGUGUCGGAGCCAUGUGCUUGCUGGCCCUCGCGGCCGUGGGCCUUGCGUCGAACGUGACUCCGGUCCAGAAGGUGGUCUCCAUGAUGGAGAAGAUGCUGGACAAGGGCAAGGCUGAGAUGGACGCAGAGAAGCAGUCGUACGUGGAGUACGAGAAGUUCUGCGAGAAGACCACCACCGAGAAGGCCCGCGCCAUCGCGGAGGCGGAGGAGCGCAGCGCCGCCCUGGGCGCCGCCAUCGACAAGGCCUCCUCUGACGUGGACCAGCUGGGGGCAGAGAUCGAGGAGCACGGGCAAAUCAUCGACAAGACCAGCGCAGAGAAGACCGAGGCCAGCUCCGUGCGCGAGAAGGAGGCGGCCGACUUUGCCGAGACGCUCAAAGACUACGUGGACUCCAUCACGGCCAUCGGCAAAGCCAUGACGGUGCUGAAGGAGCAGCCAAGCACGCGGCCGCAAGCCCUGUUGCAGCUGCAGCAGAGGAAGCUGAGCCCAAGAGAGGCUUCGGACUACCUCAAUGCCUUCCUCCAUGGCGUUGAGCCAGAGAGGAGGAAGGGCCAGGCGCAAAUGGCGCUCGUGGCAGAGGCUCGGGACUCCGAGCUGCAGCCGGCCGCCGCGGGCUAUGAGUUCCAGUCGGGCGGUGUGAUCUCGCUGCUGGAGAACCUUGAGGAUCAGUUUAAGGAGGAGCGCAACACGUUGAAGAUGGAGGAGCUGAAGAAGAAGAAUGCCUUCAAGACCCUGGUGGCAGGCCUCGACUCCGAGAACAGCGACGCCAGCAAGGACAAGGAGAGGAAGCUGCAGGAGAAGGCAAGCAUUGCCGAGCAGAAGGCUAAGGACGAGAGUGAGCUGGCAGAGACCCAGGCCACAUUGGCGGAGGAUACGAAGUACAAGAAGGACCUGGAGAUGUCGUGGCGGCAGAAGGCCGCGGAGUUCAAAAGCCGGCAGAGGCUGCGGGCGGAGGAGCUGGAGGCCAUCAGCAAGGCCACGGAGAUCAUCUCGGGGUCCGCAGUGGCCGGCAACGCUGAGAAGCACCUGCCCAAGCUGCUUCAGACUGGCUCUGCCUUGGCGGCGGUGCAGUCCCUGCGUAGCCCCAGCAUGAAGAAGGUGGCGCAGCUGCUGCAGGACUCGGCCGCGAAGCUGCAGAGCCAGCAGCUCUCGGCCUUGGCGCUGCGGGUCUUGGCGGAUCCCAUCGACAAGGUCAAGGAGCUGAUCCAGGGCAUGGUGGCGCGCAUGGAGGAGGAGGCCGCCUCCGAGGCCACCAAGGUGCAGUGGUGCAAGGAGGAGCUGGGCGCCAACGAGGCGGAGCGCUCCGAGAAGUCCGACGAGGUGGAGAGCCUCGAGGCGCAGGCGGAGAAGCUCAGCGCCUCCAUCGCCAAGCUCGGCGAGGACAUCGUGUCUCUCAAGGCGCAGCUCAAGGACUCUUCUACCGCCAUGGCCGAGGCCACUGACUUGCGGACCAAGGAGAAGAAGGAGAACACCGUUGCCAUCGAGGACGCCAAGGCGGCGCAGCUGGCGGUGGCUGAGGCGCUCACCGUGCUGCAGGAGUUCUACGCCAAGGCGGGCGAGGCCACUGCUCUGGUGCAGGGCUCCGAGAAGCAGCCCAGCCCCUUCGGGGCCACGCCCUACCAGGGCAUGGGCUCCGAGAGCGGCGGCGUGAUCGGCAUGAUCGAGGUGAUCCAGGGCGACUUCGCGCGGCUGGAGGCGGAGACCAGCAGCGCGGAAAACGCGGCGGCCAAGGAGUACGACUCCUUUAUGGAGGACAGCAAGCUGGACGUCGCCGCCAAGGAGAAGGACGUGGCGCACACGAGCAGCCGCAAGGAGGCGGAGACGCAGAAGCUCAGCACGGUGAAGGCUGACCAGGCAGCAGCUCAGGAGGGCCUGGAGGCGGCCACGAAGGUCUUCGAGAAGCUGAAGCCGCAGUGCGCGGACAGCGGCGCGAGCUAUCAGGAGCGCAAGGCCAAGAGGGACGCGGAGAUCCAAUCCCUCGAGCAGGCCCUUGAUGCGCUGAAGAUUGCGCGGUGAGGGCGUUGAGAGGAGAGGUCUCGCGGGUGGCUCGAGCGCUCGCGACGCACCGCGGAGA